UUUUAGUUGUGUGAUAGGGUGCUUGUAAGGUGGAACCUCAACUUAAUAACGUCAUCACAAACUUCUUAACAGCUCCAUAAUAGUGUAUUUAAAUCCAUCAUGAGUGUGGGGAAUACAGAAAAUCUCAAUAUGGACCAUAAAUGUAGCAGUGACAAUGUGGACUACAAUUCUAUUCAAGCCAAAUUAUUCACAAGCGUUCCUCCUGGGGAAGAAGUUGUUAUUUCAGGUAUAUCCGGAGCAUAUCCAAAUUCUAACGAUGUCUAUCACUUUCAAGAAAAUUUGUUCAACAAAGUCGACUUGACAUCGCACAAUAGAAGAUGGAAUUAUAAUUAUCCUGAAGUUCCCAGUCGCUCUGGUACAAUUCCUGUCAUUAAUAAAUAUGACGGAGGAUUUUUUGGUGUUCAUUACAAACAAGGUGAAUCUCAAGACUGUGCAGGCAGAAUUCUUCUGGAAAAAACCGUAGAAGCUAUUUUUGACGCUGGUAUGAAUUUGGAAGACUUUGAAGGAACUAAUACAGGCGUUUAUGUUGGUACCUGUACAAGUGAAACCGAGCAACGUAUAAUGAUUGAUCAUGUGGGGCCAGACCCAAAAACAGGUUUUACUGGAUGCAUGCGAUCAUCUCUUGCUCAAAGGCUAAGUUAUUUCUUCAAGCUUAAGGGCCCGUCAAUUAUAGCAGAUACAGCUUGUAGCAGUUCGUUGUUCGCUUUAGAAGCUGCAUACAGAGAUUUAAGACUAGGAUUAGUAGAUAGUGCUGUUAUAUGUGGAGCUAAUAUGGUUAUAUCUCCUUAUUAUACUGCACAAUUUGUCAGGUUAGGAGUCGUAAGUAAGGAUGGCACAUGUAAAGUUUUUGACAAAGCUGGUAACGGAUACUCUAGAGCUGAAACUGUAUGUGUGAUAAUUCUCCAGAAGAGUAAAGUGGCUAAAAGAAAAUAUGCAGAUCUCGUUUAUGUAAAAACUAAUUGUGAUGGAUAUAAGGAAGCAGGAAUAACAUAUCCAUCUGGUGAAUCACAAAGGCAAUUAAUGAGAGAGUUUUACAGUGACUGCAAUGUUAAUCCAUCUGAUAUCAGUUUUCUUGAAGCGCACGGAACAGGUACUUUUGUUGGUGAUCCAGAAGAAUGUGGAGCAAUUGAUGAUGUCCUUGCCAAAUGCAGAACAGAUCCUCUUCUUAUUGGUUCUGUUAAAUCAAAUCUUGGUCAUUCUGAAGCAUCUUCGGGUUUAUGUUCAAUAACAAAAAUCGUAAUAGCAUACGAAACUGGUUUAAUUCCACCUAAUAUUCACUACACUUGCCCAAGAGAUGAAAUUCUAGGUCUGGUAGAAAAAAGGAUGAUCGUUGUUACCGAGAAGACACCAUUUAAAGACAAAAGAGGAUUAAUUGGUGUUAAUAAUUUUGGUUUUGGCGGAGUCAACUGUCAUGUACUGUUAAGAGCUAAUCACAAAGAAAAAAUUAACGGCGGUCUUCCAAAGGACAAUAUACCACGAGUAAUAUGUGUCAGUGGUAGAACAUCUGAAGCAAUUUUGACGAUAUUUGAUGAAAUUAAGUCACAUACAUUAGAUGCUGAGUACGUUAGACUAUUACAUAACAUAUUUAGAAAACCAAUUGCAAAUCAUCGCUGUAUGGGCUAUUCUAUAGUAGCAAAAUCUGGAGAAAUAUAUAGAUUUACAGGUAGUUCUCCUGAAAAGAAACCACAAUUAUACUUUGCUUUUGGUGAAGUAAAUGAAUGGUUCGAGCUAGCAAAAUGUCUCAAAUUAAUACCUACUUUUGCUGUUACGUUAGAAAAGGCACAUAAAAUUCUACUUCCCAAAGGAAUUAAUAUCAAUGAUGCGCUCGAAGCACAUGAAUCAGGUAGCCCUAAAAAUCAAAUACUAGGAAGUAUAUUAGUUCAACUUGGUGUGGUAGAUAUUUUCAAAAUAUUGGAAAUUGAACCAACAAACUGUUUUGGAUUCUCUUUCGGGGAAUUACCGGCUGCAUACUCUAAGAACAUAAUAACUUUUAAACAAACUCUCGAAUGCGCCUAUAUUAUUAACAACAUCAUUGAGAAAGUAAAUGGUACUUCUAAAGGAAAAGAAAUAAAUAUUGCUAACAAUAUAGUCAAAAACCAUGAAACCAGCAAUGUAUCCUCUUUAUUGGAUAAAUUUAGAACAAAGUUUGGAUCAGUGGAAUCUUCUUCAAUAAAAAAAGAAUUGUCAGCCAACCCAUCAGACAUUUUAGAAAAACCUUCCAACGGAAAAUCUAAGAACAAUUUAAAAUCAGCCGAUUACUUCAUCAAAGCUCUAGGUCACGGCAUUUCCAAUAAAUUAGAGCUUACGAAAAGUAAUUCACUAGUCCUCAGUUUUGGUUCAAUUAAAACAUUAGAUGUUGCUCCUAAUGAUGUUGAAGUUAUUCCAUUCGUUUCUGAACAUGAGGACAACUAUCUAACCGGAUUUUUAAAAAUAUUGGGAAAUUUAUAUGUUAAUGGCUAUAAUCCUCAGUUGGCUAAAUUGUACCCAGAAGUGUCAUUCCCUGUAAGUAGAGGCACAAGGAUGAUUUCACCAUUUAUAAAAUGGGAGCAUACACGUGAUUGGUUUGUACCAUCCUAUGAUAUAGAUUUGAAUAAUGCCAUUCAAUAUGGUGCAAGAUCGGUACCUUUUCAAUUAGCUGAUCAAGAAUGGACUUUUGUACAAGGACAUAUUGUUGACGGAAGAAACCUUUUUCCAGCUACUGGGUAUCUAUUUUUAGCUUGGGAUACUCUUUGCCUAAUAGAAGAUAGUAAUAUUCCUUUUAAUCUCAAACAAAUCAUAUUUGAGGACGUUAAGUUUUUAAGGGAUACUACCGUGCCUAAAACGGGAGGGGUAUCAUUCACAGUUUGUCUAAAUAUUACAUCUGGUCGGUUUGAAAUUGUGGAAGGUGGGACUUUAAUUGUAACAGGAAAAAUAUAUUCAAACAACGAGGAUGAUGCUACUUAUUGCGGUGUAGAUACAAUUGCUGAGCAUGCUAAUAGUUUAACAGGAAAAGAUGUCUAUAAAGAAUUGCGUUUACGAGGCUAUAAUUAUAGUGGCGAGUUCCAAAGUAUCCAAACAUUUAAUCCAUCGGACAACACAGGUCUUAUUAAGUGGACUAACAACUGGGUAUCAUUUUUGGAUAACAUGCUACAGUUGAAAAUUCUUACCACUGACACCAGGUUACUUUAUGUUCCAACGUAUAUUAACAGGCUUAAACUACCAGCUAGACCAGUUCUUGAAUGGAUCAAUAAAAGUUAUCUGGAGAAGCAACUAGAACCUAUUUUACCGGUUUACAUUAACGAGGAUACAUCUGAAAUAAGAUGUGGAAGUAUUGUAAUUCACGGUCUUAUAGCAAGUUCAAUUGCCAGAAAGAAAGAUGUGGGAAUACCAGUUUUGGAAUCUCAUAUAUUUGUUCCGAACAUAGCCGAAUUGGAACUAGAAGAAUCCGUGAGAGUGAACCUUCAAAUUGUGUACGAAAAUUUAUUAACAAAAAAAUACAAAUGUAUCGAACUCAUAGACGAAUUUGUUACACAAGAAUGUACUUUAAUUCCUCUAGUACAAACCGCUCUAGGAGACCAACCACUCCUACAAGCAAUUGUUAAAAUAUUAGCGAAAAGUCGACCUGAAUAUAUUCCAGAAGAGAUUGAAGUAGAAGAUAAGGAACUAGAUACUGAAACUGAAUGCCAGCUAGUUAUUGGCUCUAAGCUAAUCAGAAGAAAAGAUGUUUUAAAAACUGCAACCCAAUGUUUAAAGGAUCAUGGUUUUCUUAUAUCUCGAGAGGACAUCAACUUCGAUAGUUCCAUAAGUGAAGUAGAAGAUUUUAUUGUAUUCACCGUUCAUAAGACUCCUUUAGAAACGCUGGUUCUUCUUAUGAAAGAUUUCAAAACCAAUGAACUCAUUACAGUUGAGGUAGAAAAAUCAGACGAUUUAUCGUGGAUUGAGGAACUAAAAGAAACCUUUAAGUCAAAAAAGAGUGAUAAUGUCUUAAUUUAUGCUCAAAAUAAACCUUUAAGUGGCAUUAUGGGAUUGUUUAAUUGCCUAAAACAGGAAGGUGAUAGUAAUUAUAUAAGGUGUCUAUUUGCGUUUGAAACCGAUCAGCAUUUUGACAAGGAUAAUCAAUUUUAUAAAACUCAGUUAGAUAAAAAUAUGGCAGUAAAUAUCUGGAAAGAUAACAAGUGGGGUACUUAUAGACAUCUACUCUUAAAAAACCUUGACACUAUUGAAUCAGAACACUGCUUUGCAAAUGUUGUCGUUCGAGGAGAUUUGUCUAGUUUAAGAUGGAUCGAGAAUAGUUACAAACAUGACAUGGUUGUACCUGCUGAAAGGCAUUUGGUAUACGUUCACUAUGCUUCUCUCAACUUUAGAGACGUGAUGACAGCUACGGGAAAAAUCAAUGUUGAUGUAAUAACUCAAGAUAGAGUUGAACAGGAAUGCGUUCAGGGAUUUGAGUUUUCAGGAUACACUGCAGAGGGUAGGAGAGUUAUGGGUUUGGUAACGCACGGCGCUAUGUCUACCCUGGUAUUGGGUGAUGAUUAUUUACUAUUUGAUGUGCCAGAUAAUAUUUCCUUAAAAGAUGCAGCAUCUCUUCCAUGUGUAUAUUCUACUGUUUUAUAUGGAUUGAUAAACAGAGUAAACAUGAGAAGAGGUUCUACCAUUCUAAUUCACUCUGGAACAGGUGGGGUAGGCCAAGCAGCUAUUAGACUGGCAUUGCACUAUGAGUGUAAUAUCUUCGUUACUGUAGGGACACAAGAAAAACGAGAGUACUUACUAAAAACAUUCCCACAAAUUAAACCACAUCAAAUAGGUAAUUCGCGUGAUAUUUCUUUUGAAACCAUGGUAAAGAAAUAUACGGGUGGUAGAGGUGUAGAUGUGGUUCUAAAUUCACUCGCAGAAGAAAAACUGCAAGCUUCGAUUAGAUGUUUGGCACCCGGAGGUAGUUUCGUAGAAAUAGGAAAAUUUGAUAUGGCUAACAAUAACGAAAUCAAUAUUUUCCUUAUGCAAAAAGAAUGUAGUUUUCAUGCAGUCAUGUUGGAUGAGAUGUUUUACGAAAACCCGUUUACAAAAAUGGAUAUUUCUAGGCUGUUUGAAGAAAAUAAUGGUAACUUUAUUGUCCCUUUGCCAGUAACCUGCUUUAAAUAUGAUCAGUUGGUGGAAGCCUUUAGGUACAUGGGCAGUGGUAAACACAUGGGAAAAGUUAUUAUGCAAAUACGAGAAGACGAUCAACCACUUCAACUAGUCCCCAAAAAAUUUACAGGAAUACCCAGAUAUUUCUGUUAUCCAGAGAAAAGCUAUAUAAUCAUCGGUGGUCUAGGAGGUUUUGGAUUAGAGUUAGCCGAUUGGUUAGUACUAAGAGGAGCAAGAAAUUUGAUACUUGUUUCAAGAAAAGGUCCCACAGGAUAUCAAAGCUUAAGAAUCAGUCUCUGGAAAUCGUAUGGUGCCUAUGUUCAUAUAUCUCAAGACGACGUUUUUACCGAAGAAGGUUGCAGAAAUCUACUAGAAAAAGCUAAUCAGUUAGGAGACGUCCACUCAAUCUUUAAUUUAGGUGUUGUUUUGGCCGAUUCAGUUUUUGAAAACCAAACUACAGAGACUUUUAAAACGUCAUUUGGUCCAAAAGCCGUUGCAACACAACAUCUGGACAAAUUAUCAAGAAUGAUGUGUCCGAAAUUAGAAGACUUUGUGGUUUUCUCAUCGGUCUCGUGUGGGAGAGGAAACGCUGGACAAACUAAUUACGGAAUGUCCAAUUCCAUUAUGGAAAGAAUAUGCGAAUUAAGGAAAAAGGAAGGAUAUCCAGCAUUAGCUAUUCAAUGGGGAGCUAUUGGAGACGUUGGACUACUAGCAGAAUUGCAGACAAAUCACAUACAACUAGAGGUUGGUGGAACUUUGCAGCAAAAGAUUUCAAGUUGUCUAAAUGUUUUAAAUACAUUGUUACGACAAAAACAAGCCACGGUAGUCUCGAGUUUCGUGGUUGCUGAAAAACUUAGUGGAGCAAGUUCAUCUGAUAAUGUUAUCGACGCAGUAACUAAUAUUUUGGGUAUUACUGAUAUGAAGGCAGUAAGCCAUCAUGUAACGUUACCUGAAUUGGGUAUGGAUUCAGUUAACGGAGUGGAAAUAAAACAGACAUUAGAAAGAGAGUUCGAGAUUUUCAUUACCUCAAAGAAUCUGAAGACAAUGACUUUACACAAAUUAAAUGAAAUACAACAAACACAAAGUGCCGCGCUGUCAGAAUAUGACAAAUUUAGUGAUUUUAAUGCAAUAUUAUUUCACAAUUUGAACAAACAAAUCGACUACACUAUCAAAGAAGUUGAAGUUCCACUACCUACAAAGGCGGAAGAAAAUGGAAAGAAUGACACAGUUCUCUUUUUUCCUGGAAUUGAUGGGUUUGCUAAAACCUUUACUGCAUUGGCAUCCCGAUUAACAGUUCCUGUCGUCUCGUAUCAAUACUGGGAUGGUGUGGAAUACGCAAGCGUUCAAACAUUGGCCGAGUCAUUAUUACCGAAAGUAGAAGAUCGUAUAAAGAAAAAUCAAAAGUUUAAAAUACUAGCAUAUUCUUUUGGUUCCGCAAUAGCCCUAGAGCUGGUACAUUUACUAGAAAAUAAAGGAUACACAGGAGAAGUUGUAAUAAUAGAUGGUGGUCCGAAUUUUUUAAAGAAUUUUACACAGCCUUUAACUUUGCUUUCAGAGAGCGAAUUUCAAACAAAUAUUGUCCUCUAUUUGAUAGGGUCUUAUGUAUCCAGCGAUGUUAUUUUAAAAAACCAGGAACACAUAGUGAAAUGCAGUACGUGGAAUGAAAGGCUUGAUUUUAUUUCCGGACUUUUGAGAGAAAAUAAUUUUUCCGAGGAAUCUAUAUCCUUCAAUAGAUACCUAGCCAGCGGAAUGUUCAAUAAAUCACAAUUAGCUAUGAACUAUGUGCAGUCGUUUACAAAAAUUAAAUCAAAAAUUACUCUUAUCGUGCCAGAAGAGACAUCUGUAAAGAAUCUCGAAAUUGACCGCGGAGUGUCAAACAAUGCUGUAAAUGAAGUGGAGAUAAUAUAUGCCAAGGGAAACCACGUUUCUGUUUUAGAAACUGAAGAAAUAGGAGAAAUUGUUAAUUCAAUUUUCAAUAAAAAUUAAUAGUACAUUAUUUCACGGUUUUUGCUGUAAAUUUUAAAGAACCGCUUGGAUUGACAUGAAAUUUGGCAUACUCAUAGCUUACAUGUCAACAAAAAAAGUGAUAUGGUGCUGAUGUGUGCUUUUUCCCUGGGGGUGAGUUUCACCCCAUCUCGAGGGUGAAAAAAUAUAUGUCCAAGAUAAGUCCCGAAAUGGAUAAACUGACUAAUUUUAAGCAACUUUUGUUCUAUAGAGUUUUUUCACCAAAUCAAUACUUUUCGAGUUAUUUACAAGUGAAUAUGUUCAUUUUUCAACAAAAUAACCACGUUUUUAGACGGAUUUUCGCAAAUAACUCAAAACUUAGCAUUUUGUCGAAAAAAAUAUUCUAAGCAAAACUUUAGCCUAUAAAAAAGUGAAAAAACGGUGUAUAUAUUAGGUCUCUAUACCUAGCAAAA